AUGAAAGUUUUUGUAUUAUGUUGUCUGUUUAUUAUUUUACCUAUUAUUAAUACAGAAGAUAUAAUAGAAUCAAGAAAUAAUAUUGAUGCUCCAAUAUCUUCAUCUUCUACUUCAUCACUAUCAUUUACAUCAUCUAUUACUGGCAUUGCAACGAGCAUUGAUUCUAAUCCUGUAAUUAUAAACAAUAAAAUAGAUCAUUCUAUGACACGAUCUGGGCCAUCUAAUGUCAUAAAUGGUCGAUGCGAGGAAAUUACCAUUCCCAUGUGUCGUGGAAUUGGGUAUAAUUUUACAGCUAUGCCUAACGAAUUAAAUCAUGAUACACAAGAAGAAGCAGGUCUUGAAGUUCAUCAAUUUUGGCCUCUUGUAGAGAUUAAAUGUUCCACUGAUUUGAAAUUUUUUUUAUGUUCUAUGUAUACACCAAUUUGUUUACCAGAAUAUAAGGAACCACUUCCUGCUUGUAAGAGUGUUUGUGAACGUGCCCGAAUGGGAUGUGCUCCUUUAAUGCAACAGUAUGGAUUUUCUUGGCCAGAACGUAUGGCUUGUGAACGAUUACCUAAUCAAGGAGAUCCCGAAAAUCUUUGUAUGGAACAAGAUAAUCGAACAAAAUUACUUUCCACUGAAAUUAUAACACAUAGUAUAUCUCCGGUAUCUUUACCAAAGCCUACAAAAUCUUCUAAGAAUAUUCAAUCAUUAAAAUGUAAACCUGGCAAAAAUCAAAAAAAUUGUCAAUAUUCUCAUGGAGAUAAAAUGAAGGACUGUACCUGUCGUUGUAGACCGCCUCUAAUAUCUUUAGUACCAUCUACAUCUGUAGAAGAAAACGAUGAACUUAAAAGUUUUAAUUCUUUAGGAGUUUCUAAUGUAAAUAAAUUUAUGAUAACUCAAAAAUUAGAUGUCAUAGGAAUUUCUGAUUGUGUAUUACCUUGCCAUGGAGCAUUUUUAACAAACGAAGAAAAAAGUUUUGCAGCAGUAUGGUUAACUUUAUGGAGUGGAUUAUGUGCAGCAAGUACAUUAGCUACGGUUACAACAUUUCUUAUAGAUACUCAACGGUUUAAAUAUCCCGAAAGACCAAUCGUUUUCCUUUCAGCCUGUUAUUUUUUAGUUUCACUCGGAUAUUUGUCAAGAAUUAUUAUUGGACACGAAGAAAUUGCUUGUGAUGGUAACAUGUUGCGACAUGGAUCUCAAGGACCUGGAAUAUGUAUUACAGUUUUUUUAUUAAUUUAUUUUUUUGGAAUGGCUUCGUCUGUAUGGUGGGUUAUUUUAGCAUUUACAUGGUUUCUCGCAGCUGGUUUAAAGUGGGGUAAUGAAGCUAUUGCAUCAUAUUCCCAAUAUUUUCAUUUAGCAGCGUGGAUGGCACCAACAGCUCAAACAGUAUGGACUCUUAUGUCUGGUGGUGUUGCAGGUGAUCCUAUCGCAGGUGUCUGCACUGUAGCUCCUGAAGGAAUUAGAAUAUUUAUAUUAUCUCCUUUAUUAAUGUAUCUUCUAUUAGGAACAACAUUUUUACUUGCAGGAUUUGUAAGUCUUUUCCGAAUACGCUCUGUAAUAAAACGUCAACCUGGUGCAAAAGCUGAUAAAUUAGAAAAAUUAAUGAUUCGUAUUGGAGUUUUUUCAGUAUUAUAUACAGUCCCAGCAAGUGCAGUGCUUGCUUGUUAUUUAUAUGAAACGACAUUAAGAAAUGAUUGGCUUAGUUCAUUAGCUUGCCCUUGUAAACCUCGAGUAAGACCAUUAUACUCAAUAGUAAUGCUAAAAUAUUUUAUGGCACUGGCUGUAGGUAUUACAUCUGGAGUUUGGAUAUGGAGUGGAAAAACGAUUGAUUCUUGGCGUCGUUUAUGGAACCGAUUAUUUGGCAGAAAUAUAGAUAUUACAAAUAAUAUAACAGGCACUACUGGUACAGGUAUACUUGGAAAUAUUACCAAUACUAAGGGUAUUAUUAACCGUUCUCUAGCUCCACAAUAUUCAGCAACACCAGGUCCAGGAAGUACAUUAUUACAGCAAAGUAGUGUUACCAGUGCCUCUCAACAUCAUAUUCAUCAUCACGUACUUAAACAACCUCCACUUUCACAUGUAUGACGACAACAAUUGGCGGAACUUGAAGUAAAUACUACUUGCGAUCAUCAAGAAAGACCUUCCGCCUUAAGUAAUUAUGGGCCCAUUUAGCCUACUUUUCAGACUAUUAUAACGCAACAGUUUUUCUAAGAUCUCAUACAUCGAUAAAAACUUUAUUUAUUCUAGUUCAUAGAAUAACUUCCGAGUGUAUACACACAAUUAAAGUAUAAAAUUUAAUGCUAUAGUAUGAAAAUCUCAUAUUUAUUAUUAUAUAUCUAUUAUAAUGUGUUUACAUAAGCCACACGUAUACACAUAUACAUGCUCAAGCACACACGCGCGCGCACGUGCGCACACACAUACACAACAUGUAUAUAAAACACGUUAAAAGUAUUUCAGUUAUAAUAUCCAUUGUUCUUAAUUAUAAUUUAUAUAGUCACUGUAAGUACAAAAAUCGUUUUGAUAAGUAAUUUUGUAUUUUGUUUAAUUUAUAAUA